CCACAAGAAGAAAGGAGGCGGCGUUAGCAAGUUGGAGCGGGAGGAAGAUGGCGGGGCUCUCCGUGCGGGAUCCCGCGGUGGACCGGUCCCUGCGCUCCGUUUUCGGUGAGGGCGGAGCGGGCGCGGGAAGAGCACCCCGCUCAACCCCCACUUUGGGAAAGGCGGGGGAAAGUAGGUGGGGGGAGGAAAGGGUAGGGGGGAGAGAGAGAGAAGGCGGAAAGGGGGCGGGGGAAGGGGAAGGAAAGGUAGAAGUGGAGGAAGGAAGGAAGGGAGGGAUGGGAGAGGGAGGGAAGGGAGAUUAGGAGGUGUAGGGAGGAAGUUUGGGGUGGGAAGAGCAGUGGCUGCUCUGGCUGUUUCCCACCUCCCCUUUACCUCCGACUCCAUGGAGAAACUCCGUGCACAGCGCUGUUCUGUCAACUCUAGUCCAGCUUUGCCAGAGUUGGUGCCUUUCAAACAUUUUGGGCAUUAGCUCCCAAUACAAAUCCUAGGCAUUAUAAGGGAAACUGUGUUUGCCUCAUAGCACAUAGUUUUGCCAAAGUUGUGCUGCCUGAAAAGACUACCCAACCUGCCAUUUCAAGCUGUGCAUUGCAGUGGGAGAUCAGUAGUCAUGGGCAAUCUUUCUUCCAAGGAUGCUUCCAAAGACUCUCUUAAGUUUCCCUUGUACACUGCUAUUGAAAGAAACAGUAGAACUAAGUUCCUUGUUGUUGAUUAUCAUUCCCUCACGUAUGCUGUUCUCCAUGUGCUUAGUAAAUAUUGUAAAGUAUGUGUUGGGAUGGCCUACCGUUUGCUUGCUAUGUCAUUGCCUUCAAAUGCAUACAUAUUCUAACACCUCUUGCCUAAAAUUGAGAGUAAACUUUGUAAAAGCUGGGCAGUAACACGAGAUGAUCUAGUGCUCAGGGCCUAAUUUGGGUUUCUUACUCUUUGCUGGAGGAUUGGUUCUAAAUAAAAUACUUCAAAACUCUGCUUAAUCAGUGCCUUCAGUAAUUGAGACCGGGAAACAAAUAACCAACACUAAAACCAUUUUCCAUUUCCAAAUUCCUGAUGGAAGAUGUAUGCCUUGACCUAUGUUUGUAAAGAUGUCCCACUUAUUCCAGUAAUGCUGCUGGUGCUCACAAUCUGCUCCAAUCUCUCCAAUAGUGGGGAACAUCCCAUAUGAAGCCACGGAAGAGCAGUUAAAGGACAUUUUCUCAGAGGUUGGGCCUGUCGUCAGUUUCCGGUGAGACAUAUGCCUGUUAGGAUUUCCUGAAUCAGAGAAGCUGAGUCUGAAGGGCUGAGAAAGCUGGAUGAGGAUGUGGCAUGGGUGGUGGUGGUGGUAGAUACUAGGGGAUCUUAAGUCAGGGGUGGGGAAUCUUGGCUGAGAAAUUUAACUGAGAAGUAUUAAGCACUUUGUAUGCAGAAGGUCCCACCUUCAGUCUCUUGCACUUCUCAGUCCAACCUGCCUCACAUAGUUGUUGUGAAGAUAAAAUGGGUGGGGUAUCUAUGUAUACCAACUUGAACUGCUUGAAAGAAAGGUGGAAUAUAAAUAUUACAAACCUCCAAUAAAAUGUUAAGGUAGCACAGGGAUGAGGAAUCUGUGGUGCUCCAGAAGUCAUUGGACUCGUAUCUCCCAUUUGCCAUAAUCCCAGUGGUCAGAGAUGAUGAACGUUGCAGUCCAAGAACAUCCAGAGGGCAACAGGUUCCUUAUCCUUGAGAUAUCAUAUGCGGGGGAAAGCUUUUGUCUCUUUGAGACCCUGGAGAGAUGCUGCCAGUAAAUAAUACUGAACUGGAUAGACAAAUAAACUAACCUGACUUAAGGUAGCUUCCUAUAUAAUAGCACAGUAUAUAGCCAGUUAGCCUCUGAUCCCCAGUUUUCACGAAACCCUUUCCCUUCCCUCUCUUGCCUUUCUGCUCAUUACAGUUUGUUUUCUGUGCUUGUUGGCUAGAUUGGUGUAUGACCGAGAGACGGGCAAACCAAAAGGUUAUGGCUUUUGUGAAUAUCAAGACCAGGAGACGGCACUCAGUGCCAUGCGGAAUCUGAAUGGACGUGAGUUCAGUGGGAGAGCCCUGCGUGUGGACAACGCAGCCAGCGAGAAGAACAAAGAGGAGCUGAAGAGUGAGUCUGAAGGCCUUGUGGAAGGUGGGGGGAGGCAGCAGCUGCCAUGUGCUGCCAGUCAAGGUGUGCAUGACAAGGUGAAGAUCUCUGGUUCUAACCCAAUCUUUUCUACUAGGCCUGGGCACUGGGGCCCCCAUCAUUGAGUCACCCUACGGAGACCCUGUGAACCCUGAAGAUGCUCCCGAGUCCAUCAGCAGGGCUGUUGCCAGCCUCCCACCAGAGCAGAUGUUUGAACUGAUGAAGCAGAUGAAGGUCAGUGAACAGUAUGGCAGAGAGCAGUCAAGCCAAGUGCUGAACAGCUCACCUGGUAGCAGACGUAAGUGGCUAGGAAGUCCAUGUAGGCUAGUCUUUCCUCUCCAGUCCACACCCAUUUCUCACUCUAGCUGCAAAGAGAAUAAAGCUUAUUUCACCACGACUAGCACAGAAGCCAAAACAGUCUUACAUAGGCAUGGUGCAGCACUCAAUAUCGCCUCCAAACUUCUGCUUGAUAAAAAAAAUGCUUGGUUGGUUUUAACUGCGCUGCUGAGAGGCUCAGCCAUAGCGUGCAUUUUCAUACUGGUUGCAGAGGAGAAGGCUUCCCUGUGGCUACCAGAGAUCUGAAAUAGUUUUCCAUAUCUUGUCUUUGGAGUUUAUUUGUGUGUUUCUAAUUGUGAACUGCCCUGAAAUCUUUUGAUGAAGAGCAGUUUAUUAUUAUUAUUAUUAUUAUUAUUAGCCUGGACGGGGAGAAAUGCUCUACCCCCCUCCCCCCCAGUAUUGCUGAACUACAGCUCUCCAUCAUCCCUGCCCAUUGGCUGUGCUUGCUAGGGCUGAUGGGAGUUGCAGUUUAGCCACAUUGGGAGGGCCAAAGGUUCUCCACACCUGCUUUAAAAGCUGGGGGGUUUCAAUCCAGCUGCCCUGUGUGCUUUCCCAUCCUCUCUCUUUCUCUCUUCAGCUCUGUGUCCAGAACAGUCCUCAGGAGGCUCGGAGCAUGCUGCUGCAGAACCCUCAGCUCGCCUAUGCCCUGCUGCAGGCCCAGGUGGUGAUGCGGAUCGUGGAUCCGGAGAUCGCUCUGGUAUGCUUGCGACAUCUCCUGCCUUGGGGAAGCAGGGGGGUGGGGUGGGGAUGUUGCCCCCGAGGUGGGGCCAUGUGUUUCUGUAACAUAAAAUGGCUUUACUCUGCCAUUUCCCUUCCUAGAAAAUCUUGCAUCGGCAGACGACCGUCCCAGCUCUGAUUCCAAGCGGCCUGCAAGCGGGUCCAGGACAAGGGCCUGGGCCUGGGCCUGGGCAAGGUCCCGGGCCUGGACCUGGGCCCGGACCAGGGCCUGGUCCUGGUCCUGGUCCUGGUCCUGGUCCAAAUGCACAGAUGAACCAGCCAAACGUCCCCUCCUCCCAGCCACAACCAAUAGUAAGAGUUUGUUGCUUUAAGUAGAAUCUUAUCCCUUGCUCUGUGGGCUGAGUCUUAUUUCCCAGUUGUAAAUGAUACACUAGUUGUCUAUGUCACAAUCUGUUGAUGUCCUUUCCUAUUUGUUGUUUUUAUGAUGGUUUUAGCUAAACCUUUGUUGAACAUGAAUAUAUCUGUUAUAAAUAAUUUGAUAAAUUUCAUAGAGUUUUUAUUAGUCCUUUAUUAGUAGCUAUAUUGGUUGUAUUAGCAUUUAAAUGGGUUAAUAAAGUAGGGACAAACUUAGGACCAGAAAUCAAUUGCCCACCUCAGUGAGAAUAAGGCCUCACAAUCUGUUUUCAUUCCCUCUUUCCAAGCAGGGGGGUAUGCAUGUCAAUGGAGCCCCCCCUAUGAUGCAGCCACCCAUGCAGGGAGGAGUGCCAGCCCCAGGGCAAAUGCCAAGCUCUGGCCCCGGCCCCUUGGCUCCUGGAGGUGAGUUCUUCUCUGUGGGUGUGGGUGGGUGUCUUUCCCAACAUCUGUAAUUGCUUUGGCAGUCAUAAUUUUUGACUCAGGGUCUCUGGGUUCCAGAGAUGAGGAGAUACAGGAAACCUCAGGGCAGGAAAGGGCUGAAUUUGGCCACACAUGGCGAGAAGUGGAAUCAAGGAUGGCAACAUUGGAAGACUAUAAUCCUGUUCACACAUAACUCUGGGUCAGCACCAGUGAAUGUCGAACAUCUUAAGAAACAUGCAUAGGAUUAAGUGGUUUAGCCAGGAUGAAAAUUGAGAUAAUUGGUGUUGAUAAUAUUUAGUGAUCUGAUGUGGAUGAUAGCAAUACAAUUUGUUUAUUUUCAUUUUCUAACAUUUAAAAAACCCCUUCUUUCUUGGUUUUAUUUUAUUUAUCUUUGUCUUUUGCGUGCCUUGCUGGGCUUUCACUUUGCUGUUUUAAAUCAGCUUUUUAUUUAACAACUCAUCUGACAACGCAGGCAUUCAAGAAUUCCAUGCAAGGGUGCAAGAGAGCCAGAGGAGGAGGGAUGGGUUGCUCACAUCCUCCCUCCUGCAGCCCACUUCUGUGCUAGGUAAGGGAGAAGGAAAGCCUCUUUCUCAAUGGAAAAUGCUGGAGGAAGAGGUAUGGUAGAAUGCUUUUUUCCUUCUCUUUUUUUCAGUAGCCUUCUAGGAAGAUGAGGCUUUCCUUCUUUCCACAUCCAGCAUGGAAACACAGGCUUCUGGUCUGAUAGUGGACUAGUAAACAUAAAUAAAUUGCAGGGUACUUGUUGGCUUGUUUACAAGACUGGUUUUGAAUCCCUGAGUCUCCCAGCACACCCUCAUAAUCAACCCAGUGCCUCCUUUGCUUAACACGGCUCUUUUUCUCCCCAGGUGGCAUGCCAGGAGGUGGCCCGAUGCUCUUGGAACGUGGUCAAGGUAAAGCAUAUGGCUGCCUUCUGUCACUUAGCCAGCAGAGGGCGUCACUUCUUGAAAUGCUUCCCACUCCCUCCUUUUUCUUUCAUACAAAGUUAAUGGGCUUGCUUUGUUCUGGUGGUGGAGGCCAAGGGGUUUGUGUGUGUGUGUAGAUGUUGCUGCAUGUUUGUUAUUCCACCUGGUUGCACUGAAAUGUACCUCUGGUUCUGCAGCAAGUAACAAAACAUCCUUUUGGAAUUGCCUUUUUGAGCCAGCCUGCAAAUCCCAUUUUAGCCCUGAGGCUCCAACCUCCAGGUGCUCCCAGAAGCUCAUGGAGCUGAUGGACAUAAAGAAACAAGUCUAUUUUUUGCAUUUAUUUAUUCGUUUUUCCUGUCAGGUCCCAGGAGCAAGUUGUAGUAUUAUUCUCAGUAAUAACUGGUUGAGAAGGGGAGACCAAUAGCCCAGCUCUGAGUUCAGUAGAGCUUAUUCUCAAUAAGCCAUGCAAAGGAUGGCAUCUUUAGUGAGCUUUGUUGCUAAGUGGGGGGAUGGGGUUUGUACCUGUGUUUCUCAUGCUCAAAGAGUCCCCAUUCGUAUUUGUUAUAUAGCCUUUUUUUGGCCUGAUUCACAAACAAUGCUAAGCCAUAGUUUACUGUGUGUGUUGUGUGUGAACCCUGUCCAGAAGCUGAGUGAUAGUUUCUUUACUGUCAGCAAACCACUAUCUGGAGCUAUGGUUUGUUUUAAACUAUGACUUGGUGUUAUGUAUGAACCCAGCAUGCUUCCUCUUGGGUGGCUGAUGCAGAUCACCACCAAAAAGGAGGUCCAGAUAAACACUGAAGGAUCAAUGGAUGCUCCGAGUCAGGGGAGAGAAUGGGACAAUUUCUUUUAUGUGCUGCUCCUAAGAUGGCUUGGCUACAACCAAGAGUCUUCUUACUGUUUGCAGCUAUGUGGCCCCUAAUGUCAGUAGCACUGAGAACUAUAUCAAACUUUUACGUAUAGUUAUUCCGAGUCCAAAGAUCAACAUAAAAUGACCAGGGGGGAAAUGCACAAAAGUCUACUUUUCAAUUGGAAUAAAAAGCUACCGUGCAUGAAGACUUUCAAGAAACAGAGCAUUACGUUGGCUGCUGUAAUCAGGAAAACAUCUACAACAAUACUUUAAAACUUGCAAAAGUUUAAAUACUAAAACAGAUUAAAAUUGCCUCAACUUUCUUAGUCAUCUGGAUAGGCUUGUCUAAACAAGAACGUUUUAGCAGGCGCGGGAAAGAAGACAGUGAAGGCCUAUUGGCUUGACAUCAAUAGGCAGGGAAUUCCAAAGUGUAGGCACAGCCACACUAUGGAAUCAUAUUCUGAGGGAGUGGUCCCUCCUUUCAUUUAAAGGGAAGUGUCUCCAGAGCUGUGCCAGAAGAAGAGGAAGGGGCACUCUAGGCAGGUGUGCGUCUAUGCACACGCAGAUGCAGCAAGUGCACCUCCUGUUGAUGUGUCUGCUCUUUCUCCCUCUCUUCCUGCUGCCGGGCCAGGGAACCUGCAGCUCUCUCCCGUGGGACCUGCCAGGCCUUCCUCUAUUGAGCGAGUACAAGGUAUCUGUAGUUGCGGUUGGCUCCCCUUGCUCAUUGCAUGCCCUGGGGGGGAGUAUGCAAGACAAGGCCUCUGCUUACUUUGGGGGUGUAGGCCACGUGGCUCAGAGAGUGGUGUGGGACAUGCUGUUGUGGGGAGAGGGAGAAAUGCCGUCUUUGUGCAAGGAGGCUCCCUGUUGCAGGUUCGUUUGAUCACCUGGCCUCCUGUUGUUAACAAAGACUUGGGGUUGCAACACAAGUGUUGAGUAUAUGGCAGCCAAUUCAAAGCCUGGAGCUUUUGAAAUUAACCCAUCUCUCUGCAACUGCAUCUGCACAUACCUGCCCUCUGUGAAGCCUGACUUUCCCCCUCUUCCGUCUCAAGUGAAGCUGACGCUCACAAAGUGGAAUCACGCUUCUCUCCCAUGAUUUUAAUUCCCCCUGCCAUCUGCCUUCCCAACAGUGCCUAUGCCGGAUCCACGGGCCCCCAUGCAGCGUGGGCCAAUGCCAGCUAGUGGUCCACCACCCCGAGGCCUUCUGGGAGACGCCCCAAAUGAUCCACGUGGGGGAACUCUGCUGUCAGUCACUGGAGAAGUGGAACCCAGGUAGGCAGAAGGGCCUGGAACUUCUAUUAUUAUGUUUUUAUUGACUUACGAAAAUUAUACAGACAGCAAAAUAAAGAAGCCUAAAUUAACAUUGCCUUCUACCGAUAAGAAAUAAUAAUUAUUACAAUAAUGAAAAUACUGAAAAUACAUUUACUUCCCCUUUUGAACUUCUAUUCUGGGUACAAUAUAUUACUAUUCUAUAAGAAUCUAUUAUAUCCUUUGCUGUCCCAUAUAUUAUUUUAUUUCCCAAAUUCAACCUAACCUUCCCCUCCUCCCCACUGCUUCCCUUCACCUGUGUGAGAACUUCCCAUCAUAAUAUUUUUUUUCUAGUUGCUUUAAUAAAAUAGAAUAACAUGAAAACUGUUAAAUUAUAAUUACUGGCUGGAACUCUUCUUUUUUUGUGCAGAAUGUUGUUUUGUUGCAGUGCAUUUUUUCUUCUUGUCAUGCAGUAACAUUUGAGCCUCCUACUUGCCUCUUGGAAGGGGGUGAAGUCCAGGCAGAGAUUGUCUCACCUUGUUUGCUGUGUGAGAAGAAUGGAAACUGGGUUUUGAUGUCUUUUCUCCUCCUCCACCCCCCUCCCUCCCCAUCCUCUUCUGCAGGGGUUACCUGGGGCCAUCGCACCAGGGGCCUCCUCACCAGGGCCCCCCCAUGCACCACAUGGCUGGUCAUGACAAUCGUGGGCCGCCCCCCCACGAAAUGAGAGGUGGGCCAAUGGGAGAACCAAGGCCUUUGAUGGGAGAGCCACGAGGUCCCAUGAUGGACACCCGAGGUGAGAGACGGUUUCAGGGUCAAAUGAAAAGGGACACUUAUUUAAUGCCAGCAGUAUAAAUCCAAGCACAGUAAAGGAUCCCUCAGGGGAGUGAUAUAUAAAAUGAAUAUCAGUUAGUGCUUUGUUCCCCUUUGUAACAGAUGCAGAUAAUAAAAUAACUUGUACAAUAAACCACACAAUAACAAAUAGAAAUAAUUAUACAAGUAUACCAUGUUCUAGAGGAUCAAAUUGUAUCUUCGCCCCAAAGCAAAACUUCCCUGGCUACAAACCCUAUAGGUUACAAACACACACAAAAUCAAGCCACGAAAAUGUUAAAAAUCAAACUGGUACAAUCAGUUAUUUAAUUUCCCCCUAACUUGAGCAAGUAACUCCCAGGUUUGCUUCUCCGUCUAUCAGAUGUGUUAAGUUUGAUGGUCUUCAAUGCAGGUGGAAGAGAUCCGAGAGGAAUGGAGCCCCGAGGAAUGGAUGGCAGGGGCAUGGAGCCCAGGGGAAUGGAGCCCAGAGUGAUGGAUGCCAGGGGCAUGGAACCCCGAGGGAUGGAGCCCAGAGGAAUGGAGCCCAGAGUGAUGGAAAUGCGGGGCAUGGAGCCCAGAGGAAUGGAAUCUCGGGGCAUGGAGCCUCGUGGGAUGGAGCCCAGAGGCAUGGAACCACCUCGGGGCAUGGAGCCCAGGGGGAUGGAGCCCCCCAGAGGCAUGGAACCACCCAGGGGGAUGGAGCCACCCAGGGGGAUGGAACCCAGAGGCAUGGACUCUAGGGGCCCUGGCCCCAAUCCAAGGGGUCCAAUGACUGGAGGCAUUCAAGGCCCUGGACCUCUUAACAUGGCAUCCACUGUCUCGCAGGGGCCUCGACAGGUAUGUGGGGCAACCGUGGUCUGUUGCAUUUUCACUGAGAGGUCCUUGUUGCCAGUGCAAGGACAGCCUCAGUUGGUCACGCCAGCCGAUUGGCAUAACAAUCCAAUCUCCAAAUGGAGGUGGGAGAGGGAGGGAGGGAGGAAUCUUCAUCUUGAAUGCUCCCCCUAGUUGGUUCCUGACCAAGACAGGAAGUGGCUUCAGGGUUGACUGAUCGCUUAGAUAAAACUCUAGACCAGGGUUUCCCAAACUUGGGUUGCCAGCUGUUUUUGGACUACAACUCCCAUCACCCCUAGCUAGCAGGACCAGCAGUCAAGGCUGAUGGGAAAUGUAGUCCAAAAACAGCUGGAGACCCAAGUUUGGGAAACCGUGCUCUAGAGCAAGGGUGGGGAACUUGCGCCCCUCCUGAGAUUGCUGGACUCCAGCUCUCAUCAGCCCCAGCAAAGUUUGAUCGGUGAUUACUAGAUUCAUAGUCCAGCAACAUUUGAAGGUGGGGAGUUGUGUCACAGGUUCCCAACCCCUGUGCUGAAUGGAAAGGCAAACACUCUGGCCAGCCCUGUGCCUUUGCAGCAGAGAACAAUUCCUAGUGCAAAGCUCAGAACCCAGUAGUAUGAGAGAUCAUUAGAGAGAGCUGAGUCCUUAGCUGGGGAGCUGACUGUGGAAAUUAGGGAUUCUCUCCUAAUACUCUACCAAGCUUUUCCUAACAGUUAUACUUAAUCCUUUCUAAGUCGUUGGCUGGAAAAUCCAUGCAUUGGGGAAGGGAGCAGGAGUGGUGAUCUAUUUCUUUUGAAGUUGUGGUCGGAAAUUAUAUUGGCUGUGGUUAGUGAAUUGCUACCGGCCAUGUCCCCAUGUGCUUUUCUAAUCAAAGGCUUGCUGUCUUACUUUUCCCAUGGUUCCCCCCACCCCCCAGCUCAGCGUUCAGCGGAAGUGCAGCUAGUAGGACCUGGAGCUGCUUUCAGAGACCCUGUGAAUGUUAUCCAUUUGCAUCCAUGUGACCAAGGAGGGGGCAGUACAUUUUCAGAAAUCAUUCUUUGUGUUCACAGGUGCCUAACAUGCCUGCCGCAGCAAUGCAGGCCGGAGGCAUGCCAGGACCAAGCGUACAAGCAGCUGGCCAGCCUGGAGGGUUCAGUCCUGGCCAAAACCAGGUAACACCCCAGGAUCAUGAAAAGGUAAGCCAAACAUUGUUGCCUUCUUUGAGUUCUCCAUUAAAGAGGCAAGCAGUAGCGGUCAGCAGGAAAGGGUGGCAGCGCUUACAUGACCUCCCAUCACAGGGGAGGUCAGCGUAGUUCAGAUGCACUGGUGGAGCCAAUCCUGCACUCCCACCAGUGUGCCUCCACCUUAUCACCCCUUCCUCCUAGGACUCCCCAGUAGCACCAGUGGCAAGAGGCCAGGAAAGUGCUGCUGGCCACUGCUGGAGGCAAAAUUGGUGGCAGUAGGAGCAAGGUGUUUUCAGUGGUGGCUUCAAGGCUCUGGAAUGAAAAAUUGUUGUAGAGUGCAUCCCUCAACUUACAACACAAUGUGCUUUGCAGAGCUUUUCAAACUAGCUUUUGGCAUGUAAUAGCUGCCCGUGUGUGGUUAUUAGUAUUUUUUUAUUUUUUAGUGUAAUUCAAUUGCCAAAUCCUUUCUAGGAAAAAAACAACAAUUGGUCUGAAUACACCCUUUUCAGUUUUUCUCAUCUCUUCAUAGGCCGCACUCAUCAUGCAGGUCCUCCAGCUGACGGCAGACCAGAUAGCUAUGUUGCCUCCAGAGCAAAGGCAGAGCAUCUUGAUCCUGAAAGAGCAGAUACAGAAGUCCACCAGUGCCCCUUGAUCUGCACUCUCUGGGUAAGAGGGGAGCUGAGAAAUGGUUGUUCAGCAGUCAGAUUAAAUCAAAAACAAUGAAUAUUUGGUGUUAUGUUGGAGGGGAUGCCAGGAAACCCGGAAUUGUGAUCACAUGUGGUGGGGCUGUAAAUAUGUACAAUUUUUCUGGCAAAGGGUGUUUAAGGAGAUAACAGAAAUCAUUGGGUUAAAGCCAGGCAUCCCUAACCUUCGGCCCUCCAGAUGUUUUGGACUACAAUUCCCAUCAUUCCUUACCACUGGUCCUGUUAGCUAGGGAUCAUGGGAGUUGUAGGUCAAAACAUCUGGAGGGUCGCAGGUUGGGGAUGCCUGGGUUAAAGCUGACUGAAAGUCCAGAGUUAGCAUUAUUAUCAAUUUACGAUGGGUGGAAGGUUCGCAGGCUAUGAAGGACUUGCUCACAAAUUUAUUGAUAGCUUCAUGAAUUAUGAUAGCUAAAAAGUGGAAGGGGCAAGCAGAAUAUAAAAUGGGAGAAUGGUAUAAAGAGGUGUGGAAUAUAGCUAUUAAUGAUAAAUUAACAUGUGCCAUUAAGAUAAGAUGGGGAAUACACAGGAAAAAUUAUUUUGAGGAAAUAUGGAAGGUGUUUGUAGAAUUUGUAGUGUUAAAACGGAAAGGGGUCAAACCAUCGCAAGAGGUGUUGAAAUUUUGGGAGGUUGGAUAGUAACAAUGGUAUGGUCUCGGUGGUGGGGUGCACAUUUUAUUCAUGAUCAUUACUUUGUCAAAAGAAAAAGAAAUAGAAAUUGUACUGCCCAGGCAGCUCUGGUUCUCUCAGAGUAAACAAAGUGAGAAACCCCCAUUGCCUUCUGUUUCCAGGGCUGCGCUCUCCUGUCAAAGCCCACCAAAAUCAAGGGAGGUGUGCAAGCACCCCGCUCUCAUCUUCUCCUGACCAUUUCCAUGGUUCUUGCACAGGAGAAGGUCUUGGAGCAUUGUGCCUUUGGGUGGGGGGGGGGGGAGGUUGGGCCCACAAUCCUAGAUUUUUAUGAAUGAACAGCAAAGAGGCACAGUUACAGUGGUGCCUCGCAAGACGAAAAGAAUCCGUUCCGCGAGUCUCUUCGUCUUGCGGGUUUUUUCGUCUUGCGAAGCAAGCCCAUUAGAGGUUUAGCGGCUUAGCGCUACAGUAUUAGCGGCUUAGCUUAAAGAUCAGCUGAUAAGCGGCUUAGCAUCAGCUGUUAAGCGGCUUAAAGAUCAGCUGAUAAGCGGCUUAGCAUCAGCUGUUAAGCGGCUUAAAGAUCAGCUGAUAAGCGGCUUAGCAUCAGCUGUUAAGCGGCUUAAAGAUCAGCUGAUAAGCGGCUUAGCCAUCAGCUGAUAAGCGGUUUAGCAGCUUGGGAAAAAGGAAAAAAACCCUGCAGGAACUCACAAGACAUUUUCGUCUUGCGAAGCAAGCACAUAGGAAAUUCGUUUUGCGAAGCACCUCCAAAACGGAAAACCCUUUCGUCUAGCGGGUUUUCCGUCUUGCGAGGCAUUCGUCUUGCGGGGCACCACUGUAUUUAAUAUGACUCUGCUGCAGCAGCGUGUUUCUGUUGCACUUCUGCAGGAGCUUUCAUAUGGGGAAAACCAUGCUGGAAAAGCCCAAGGAAAAUGAUGGCAGGCACGGAAUAGAGGCAUGCUGGCUGUAAAAGAUCUGGUGGAGAGUCUAGCCAGCAGCCUGAGCAGAAGCAAGGCACCACCCCUGACUUCAGGCAGCUGCAAACCAAUGCAUGCCCAGACUUUUUCACAACCUUCUAGGCCCCGGCACCUCUCAGCACUCAAUAGUGCCUAAUUGCACUGAUGUCCUUCACAAACUUUUGCCAAGUUCUCUGUAGUUUUAACUCUUGCCCCUUGUUCCACCAGUUCUGAUAGGUUGAAAAGCUGUUUCCCCAUCUGCUUUCAGGGAUCCACCCGAAAUCCCCAUUUAGGUGCUUUUCUGCAGGAGAUUGGUGUGAUGGGAGCACAGUCCCUCUUCUUAACAGAAUCCUCUUUGUUUUCUUAGGUUUGGAAAGUUGCCUAAGAUAUGUUGAAAAUGGCGCUGAAGACUACUUGGAUGCCCUUUCUUUUCCUGAGCCUAGAGCACAAUUUUAUUUCAAUUUAUCUUGUUCAGUUCUCCCCUUUGUUCUGUUUACUUCCAGAUUAAAAACUUGUCCUGGAUUUGAGUGAAACCCCCAUGGCUUUAUUGUACAACUGCAUUGCACUCACUUCAUCAGUCUCUUCUCCCUGUUUCUUGCAGGGCAAAGAUCAGCUUUGGUCUUCACAAAGCCAUUCUUUCUCUUUUUUAUAGUGUAUUUAUUGAUUUUCAUAAACAUGGGAAAAUACAAAAACAAGAAAAAAAUGAAAUAUGCUUGGGGAGGGGGGAGAGAGAAACAACAUAGAUUACAAAAAGACAAGGAGUUGCCAAAAUAUUUUCAUUCCAGAAUAGAUGCUCUGUUGAUGCAUAUGUAUUGAAGGCAGAUGAUAACAUGUUUUUUUUGGUCAUUAUGUAAGAAAUAAAAAAUUCAGAUAAUUCUUCACAUUGUCUGUAGUCUUGUUUUCCUUCUAGCCUGCGAGAUCCAUUCUGUGAAUAGCUUUCUAGUAAAGGAUUUCCAGUUCUCAGAAAUGACCAGUCUGGCUGC